AUGGGCUGGGUACUGAACGCCACUCCGGAGGUUGAGGCCGAGUCUCAAUGGCCUACCAUCAUCGCCAUAUGCACCGUUCUCUCAGUCUUGUCUCUCGCCAUCGUGGGGUCUCGACUAUGGAUUCGGCACACCGCUAGAGGGUUGGCUUCGGACGACUGGAUGUCUUUGCUGUCUGUGAUAUUUGCACUAGCCUACUCUGGUCUUACCAUUGGUCAGACGAGAUACGGACUUGGUUUACCAGUCAAGUCGCGUCCAAAGGCGAACCUGAUCAAGUACACCCGCAUUAACUUCGCUGGCCGCCCCAUCUAUCAGAUUGGCAUCAGCUUUUUCAAGAUUGCUCUCUUGAUCAGCUACCUGCGUUUGCUCAAGGGCACCGAUCAGAAGAACUAUCGCCGCGUCGUUUGGCUGACCAUCAUUCUCGUCUUUCUUGCACACCUGGGAUGCGCAUUCUCACUCAUCUUUGCAUGCACUCCGGUCGACAAGUCAUGGAACCCGCUGAAAGAUGGAACUUGCUUGGCGCCGGGUCCUUCAUUCACCGCAUACGCUGUUGUCACCAUUGUCUCCGACGUUGUCGUGGCUCUUCUCCCCAUUCCAGUCCUUCUCAAACUCAACAUCCGUCUAGAGAAGAAGGUCGGACUCAUCGCUAUUUUCCUGCUCGGUCUUUUUACGACGCUGUGUUCUAUCUUGCGAUAUCUCGAGAUCAACCGGAUUCAGUUUGGCGACGGAAACUCAACAAUGUUGGUCUUGUGGGGAACCAUCGAAUUUAACGUUGGCAAUAUCGUUUCCUCCCUUCCCUUCCUUGCGCCCGUAUGCAUGAAAAAGGCGAAGAACUACCGCUCGAAAUACUCUGGUGGAUCAUCUCACGGCCGAAGUGGCUUGAAAGGCGCUGAAAGAUACAAACUCAGCGAAAUGAACCACGACAAGAGCGUCUUCGCUUCAGCAAAUCACAGCAAGGGCGACAACGGCAGCGAGGAGAACAUUCUCCCGGGGAAUAUUAUAAAAUCUGUGACGUACAGCGUCGAGGUCGACGACAGAAAGGAAGGAAAAUCGUCAACACGGCGAAGGGAUUCGCGAGAGUCAGUCUAG